GCGGCGCCAUGUCGGCGGGGCGGGGCAAGGCAGGGCACGGGCUGCCGCCGCGGGGGAGGCCGGGAAGCGGGAGGUGCGGGGCCGCUCCGCCCCUUCCCGCGGGGCCGCCGGAGCCAUGGCGGCGGCCAGGCUCUGCAGAAUAAGGACUAAAGUCUGCGUGGCACCAUCUUUUGGGAGAUAUCUACAAAACCAGCUCUGGACGAGGUCAUGGAAAAAGGAAGAUGUUCGCCCGCCCUGCUUGCAGUCACAGAACUGGCGAGCGAGUGCUGUGAAUCAUUGUCUUGUGAGACAGCGAGAGCCGUCUUUGUGUCGGUGCCAUUCGGCCCCCACUGCUGUGGUCCCACAAAAGGCUGUGGAGGAGAAAACAGAAGAAUUCAAACUGGUCUACAGGUUUCCAGGGAUUAAGUACUGCAGGGUACUGUCCCGACUGAAGCUGUUGCAGACUGCCACCACCGUGGUCACGCUGCCGCCCAUCUGCUACCUCUACCUGCAAGACCAGGUUUCACAGACUAUCCUCUUAUAUACAACUGGCAUCGCCCUCUUUGCUGGUGCCAUGUUGUAUGGUAUGAGCUACUUUUUCAGACGAAUUAUUGGAUUAAUCUACUUAAGUGAAACUGGCUGCACUGUCAAAGUGGCUCACUUGACGUUCUGGGGAAGACGGAAUGACAUUUACUGUCCCAUAGAGACAGUGAUGACUUUGGAUGAAGUUGGAGAUAGCAAGGGGGAGCUACUUCUCCAGUUCAAGCGGUAUAAUAGUACAGAUAUUUUAUAUUUUACAAUUAAGUUUGGCCAGAUUGUAGACAGACAGAGGUUUACUCAAAUAUUCGGAGAACUCGAGUCAUACAGCAGAUAAUUUCCAGUGAUUCUCCUUGUCGCGUGUUCAUUGUGCUUACUCUUCUGUGAAGUUUAAUUAGUUUACCAAACUGAUGUACUUCUGUCAUUUUCCCGUGCAAAGCCUGCUGGUAAGUGCGCUCAGCAUAGGAAGUAGAAAUGGUAAAGAACAAUCCACUGGACUAAGUGUCUCUGCAGCUUGAUUAAGGUGUGAGCAGCGGCUCUUCCGUGUUGGGUACAGUGAUGUGUGUGGUCACCGGCAGGUCUAAGUCUACACUGUGCUACUUGGAGCCUGCAGCAGGAGGAGUUUCUGAUGCUGGCCCUGAUGGUUUCAGCUGGCCUCUUCCAUUGUUUUGAAACAGGAAAAACGCUUGGAGUGAAACGCAGUAACUCUGCCAGAGCAUCCUCACUUUAAAUUCAUUGUUUCUUUUAGCGGAUUUUAGCUUGACUGGGAAGCCUCUUGAAAUUCAAACUUGUCUGAAACAUACAUACAGUGACCAAUGCUGGAUGUCAGGGUACAGGCUCCUGCAUUAAUGAAUUGGGGGUGACUGGAAAGAGCGGUACGUGAUGCUGUGUAAGGUGCGUGGGGUCUCUGGGCAAGGUCUUCCAGGGUGUGAAUGUAACUAGGCAAAAUGAGGGCGUGUGUUCUAAGACACACGGUUCAGCCGUAAGCGUCAGUUAAAGACUGGGACAGCAUUCCUGCAGCCUCUCCUAGAAAUAGCUUUCCCCUUGGAAGAAAAGGAAAAUGUACCCGAGUUAGAGGGACAGUCUGGCAUCCUUUGUUUGGUUUGGAUCCAAAUGAUCAUCUGAAAAUUUGGAACUGCUUGUCCGUCUUUGCAUAUACUCAUGUUUGUGGUUUUGUAUGUACGAAUGACAUUUAAUCAACACUGUAACGUUUGAGUUGCAAAAACUUCAGUAAAUAUUACCAAAAAUUAUCUUGGA